UCUCAGCCGUAAACAAACCAUCUCUCUCCGUCACACAACAAUCUCCGGAAAGGUGCGAGCACAAGAGUCGACCACUGUUUGUCGGACUGAUUUGCAUGAUGUUAUUCUGUCGUGUUUGUGGCAUAUGAUAUAGUAAGCUAUUGAAAAACAUACAGUUGUUCACUGUGGCGAUUUAUUCCGGUCACGGGUGAAUCGAAUCGAAGCGAAUGCAGAUUGGUGGGAAGUGGGCGAAAGCACUAGUUUUCGAUGACAGCACCAAUCAACCAAACGGAGAAGUUCUAGACAAGGUCAUAAACAUCGGCAUCUGAUAGAGAUACUUUAGAAACUCUGAUAUAUAUUGGAAAAAAAAACAAAUACGCGGGGCGCCAGGCAUUAAACGAUAAUUAUUGUUUGCGAGGAAAAAUGAGUGACGAUGACGGAGGGCGAUCAACCAGCGCAACAUCAACACAAGCGGCAGCCACUGUUGAAGGCAGCAAUCAGACGGGAGACCAACCAACAGUGAGUGCACGGGUAUUCCCAAAGGUUCCAAUAUUCGUCGUCGAAGACCAUCACGACGUGCUGACCUUUCUGUAUCGGUGUCUUGGAUCGAGACACCUUCCUUUGCGAGGAAACAAAAUUAUCCACUUCGAUUCCCAUCCGGACAUGUGCAUCCCGAAACAUAUGCCCGCGGAAUACGUGUUCAAUAAGGAGGACCUGUUGGACAGUAUCAGUAUUGAAAACUGGCUGAUGCCUACGGUUUUUGCUGGCCACGUCGAACGGAUUGUGUGGAUUAAGCCAGAGUGGUCCGAUCAGAUGCCGAACGGGAAAUACCAAUUCAACGUAGGAGAAUACGAGGGCAGCAUUCGGACCGAUUCUACACUGGAGUAUUUCGUGUCAGAUGGGUGCUAUCAACCGGAGGAGAAUUUAGAAAAAAAGAAAGCUCUGAAAUUGGACGUUUCUUCCAUCGCAGAGUAUAAAGCGAUCGAUGAAGAUGAACUCAAGGAUGGAUAUAUUUUGGAUAUCGAUUUGGAUUAUUUUAGCACGCACAAUCCUUUCUUGAAAAUCUACGACAAGGUCGACCUAUACGAGAAGCUGAAAGAAAUUUUCAUCUCGCCCGAGCUGGCUGACAGCACAGAAAACGAUCUGGAGAAGUUACAGCGAAUCGCCAAGAAUCGAGAAGAAAAGCUUGAGUUCCUCGAAUCGAUAUUCCUUUAUUUGGAAGAAGUGGGUGAUCUAAAACAUUUUCUCGUGGAUUACCAGCAGGAAAUAAGCCAGGAGUAUACCCAAUUACUGCAGAAAGUUACCACUCUGGUGACAAUUCUGAAAAAGGAAUACGCCGAGGAGGAAAUUGAUUGGUCAAUGAUCUACGACGCCGGCUGCACUUGUGACAUUACGGAUCUACCUCACCACGAAUCGACUCGAGAAGAGAUUCAGGCCAUGAUUACUCAAUUCGAAAGUUUCCUCACGCAGCUUCCAUCUCCAACUGUGAUCACUAUCUCUCGAUCGAGUGAAGACGAUUACACCCCGGCCGAACAGGUCGAAUUGAUUCAAGAACUCGUAUUGGCGGCAUUGAAAAAGUGCCUUAAAAGUGAACUUGACGAACCCAUUCUGUACUAUAAAGAUCAAGAAUUUAAACUCUAGGUCUAAAUUCUUUUCGGGUGAAGUUUUUAUUUAAUUUACACUCGAACGAACAAAACUGAAAACCAGUGCAUUAUCAUUAUAAUAUAAAUUAUACUGAAUAUUUAAAAGUGUUAAUAGAAUUAUUCUCCUGAAAUAAGACAAUGAUAGUAAUAACAUCUGAAACGUUUAUCAAAAGUUUAAUUUAUCAGACGAUGUUUAGUAUUGAUGCAUAAUAAUCAAAACGAAAUAUGAAA